AUUACGAGACCAAAAUUACACUAAACACGUUCAAAUAGACCACCACGUACUUGUCUCUUCUGCAAACACAUUCGCAGAAAAGAGCAAAAUCACAAUCUACCCAACACUCUCACAACAACAUCAUCAUCCAAACAUGCAUAUAACCCAAAUCCCUAAACUCUAUAAAACCCAACACAAUCAAAAACAACAAUAACAAUAACAACAACAACACCAAUUGGUCUUGGUCUUGUUAUUGUUACCAUGUUUUAUUACAAACUCAUUGGUCUAUCAUUUCUCGUUACUCCCAUCAUUUGUUUCAUAAUCCGAUGGCUAUUAUUCAAAACUGGAUUAAUAUACGCCACGAAGAAACUUGAAAGAAAACUACAAGAUUGUUUCUACGUCUAUCAAUACCUUAAAGUCCCCGAAAUCAACGAAAACAUGCAACGAAACGAGUUAUAUCGUAAAGUUUCUCUCUAUUUACAUUCUCUCCCUUCUCUCGAAGAUUCCGAUUUCACAAACCUCAUUACCGGUCAUAACCAAAACGACAUCGUUUUAUCUCUCGACUCUAAUCAAAUCAUCGAAGACCGUUUUCUCGGCGCUAAUCUCUUUUGGUUCAACCAAAAAACCGAACCGGGUCAUCAAACCGGUGUUUUCGUUCUCAAGAUCAGAAAAACCGAUAAACGAAGAAUCCUCAGAAGCUAUCUCCGUCAUAUUCACGAUGUCUCCGAAGAAAUAGCGAAACGCGACUUACGCUUAUUCGCUAAUAUCGCCGGAGACAAUAACGAAACGAGAUGGAAAUCCGUUCCGUUUAGUCAUCCAGCGACGUUUGACACCAUGGCCAUGGAAAAUGAUCUCAAGAACAAAAUCAAAACCGAUCUCGAAUCGUUUCUCAAAGCGAAGCCAUAUUACCGACGACUCGGCCGCGCGUGGAAACGGAGCUUCUUGUUGUAUGGUCCUUCCGGUACCGGUAAAUCAAGCUUCGUCGCUGCAAUGGCGAAUUUUCUUUGUUAUGAUGUAUAUGAUGUUGAUCUCUCUCAGGUUCGUGGUGAUUCAGAUUUGAAGUUUCUCUUACUCGAAACGACGCCGAAAUCGAUAAUUCUCGUGGAGGAUCUGGACAGGUUUGUGACGGAGGAAUCGGAAUGUUCAACGGUUACGGUGGCCGGAAUUCAGAAUUUCAUGGACGGGAUAUUAAGUUCGUGUGGCGGCGAGGAGAGGAUUCUGGUUUUCACGAUGAGCAGUAAGGAAUGUGUUGACCCGGGUUUUCUCCGACCGGGUCGGGUCGACGUUCAUAUCCAUUUCUCAUGGUGUGAUUUCUCGUCCUUCAAAACCCUAGCCUGUAACUACCUAGGAGUGAAGGACCACAAGCUGUUUCCUCAGGUGGAGGAAAUUUUCCGGCACGGCGCGAGUUUAAGCGCGGCGGAGAUCAGCGAGUUGAUGAUUGCGAACCGGAACUCGCCGAGUCGGGCUAUUAAAUCGGUUAUCGGGGCGUUACAAACGGACGGUGAUGGGAGGGGUGUUGGGGAUUUGAUCGUACGGCAGAUAGAGGGUAAUGACGUGGAGGGAUCUCAGAAACAAGGUUCUAUUGGUGGUGGGGAUGGAUCCUCUACGGGUAAGGAUUUGAGGAAAAUUUAUAGUAUGUUUAGAUUAAGGAAUAGGAAAAGAAAUCGAACGGCUAAUUUAGCUCUCAAUGAUGAAGGUUGAUGAUUAGAAAAUUGGGAUUUUUUUGUUUAUAUGACAAAUUAGUUAGUGCAUUUUAGUGUUUGUAUUGGGAUUCUUUUGGAAUUUUUAGGUGGAAAUGUAAAUAUUAGAAAUGAUUAUGGUUAAAGAUCAUGAUUGAUUGAUACAUGGGAAACUUUUGAUGUAAUAGAAUAGGAAAACUUUAUGUAUAGUUUGGACUAUAAAAUUCACCUUGUAUAGUUUA